AUGGCGGUGACACCCCUCGCCAUUCUCAGCUCAUGGUAUCCCCAGCUCCUGCAGCGUAACAUCGAGAAGUCGCGCGAUGCUGGAAAGCGUCUCGAUCGACGAAGCCUGGCGUACAGGCUAUCAAAAAAAGACGCUGAGGACUCUACCAUAAUAGAUAUCACCAAGGCUGCUUUCCGCCCCAUUUUGAAGCACUUUGAUAUGAACAAUGCUGGUCUGGUGAGUCUGCCAGAGAACAUACCAUUUGUGGGGCCACCACGUCCGGAGCAUGAAACGGCCUGGGAGGAUCUCCUUAGCGGAUUCAAUGUCCGGAUAUCUCAGAAAGAAGUGGCAGGUGCGCCGUUCGAGUCGUACGAGCUGAGAGACGGCUCGGGGGAUCUUUGGGCAACACCAUACGUAUUCCACAACCUCCACUGUCUGAAACUGUUCCGUGAACUAUGGUACCCAGAACGAUACCCUUUAUCAUGGGAAUUAGCCAAGCCCAAGCCUGAUGGCAAUAUCAGCGAUCACCAUGAGCACUGCCUCGAAGCCAUCCGACAGGCGAUUAUGUGCCAGGGCGAUCUGACACUAUUGGGAUGGCAAUGGCACGAACAAGUGGGCAAUGCACCCAAUCCGGUCCGGCAGCUGCACGGUUAUCCACACCUGUGUGUGGACUGGCGCAAAAUCCAGACCUGGGCAUCAGACCGGAAGCUGGAUGUAUGGAAUGUUACGGUGAUGGGGCCCGGGGUCGUCGCAGAUGGUGCAACAAGACUACAAAAGACGACGAUGCAGCAAGCAGCCUCUUAAGCAGGUUGCAGGAUCUUUGUCGAAGAUCUUCCAAUAUACGGCUGUUCAAGCGAGUCCGUGCUUGCUCGAUGCAAGUUGGGAGAGACGCCGCAGAGAUCUUGUUUGUCGCGUUCCGGUAUUGGGUAAGCAGGUACUGUCCUCUUUGAUGCGAAAGGGUGUCUUUCAUGGAUGAGUAAGUGGACGUCUCGCACCGCUGACACACAUAGUCGUAUUCAACCUGGAAUCAGAUACCAAUUGCUG